UGUGGCUGCACCGUGCUGAACCAGCAAGAAUUUGCAGGAAACAACAGUAAACUUAACUUGAAAGUCUGCUAGUAGGCCAUGUUCACGAUUUAAAUGGUACCUUGCUGUGAAAUAAUGAACGUGGACAUUUCAGCUCAAAGAUGCUCUUAGGAACGUGUAAGUGAGUUGAUCUCAUACAUUUGAAACAUCAUGCCAGACGUGGAACUGCUGAAAUACCCCUCGAGGGAAGGGGCGUCCAGUUUACAAGAUCAGGAGGACCGUCAGACGGUGUGCCCCAGUAGGCGUCGCAGUUGCGCCUUAGUUAACACUCCAUCACCAUGUGUGAACAAAGCCGUCUGCCAUAUCCAAGAGCUAAAAAGGAAGCUGGAGAGCUGGUUGCAGCUGCAUCUUCGGUCACAGGGGAAAAAUCUGAACAACAUGCUUGGGUUGACAUCUGGAGAUGGAAAACAGGAUGGCCUUCCAAAAGAACUGUGUAUUGAAGGCAUAGGACUUCUUGGAGGUGGCUUCACUUUAUUUGCAGAUCCUUCCAAUGGGAUGAACACAUUGCGGAAAGAGGCCAUGGAUAUCCUUAUGGAGGUGGCAUUCCUGAUUGACAGACUUGAAGCAGAUCGUCAAGAAGCUAAGGAGGCUCUCCUGAAGGAAAAGCAGACACGUGAAAGACUCGGGAAGAAAAUGGACAGCCUUGCACUCUGGAGGCUGCAGGAGUUUCCUGUGGUGAUUCAGAAUGAGCAUGAGUCCUGCAUACGUGACAUCCUUGAGCUGAAUUGGCACUUGACACGAAAGAAGGGGAAACUGGAACAAGUGAAAGACAAGGUGACCCACACUCAGAUGUUCAACCUCAGACUGAAUGAAGACAUUGACUUUGUGAAGAAGCAUGGCCCUCUUGUCAAAGAGAAGCUUGAGAUGGAGAAUGAAAUAAUGAACAGGAUCAGAGCUGCGCAGAUUGAGGCUGAUGAGUCGUUUGCAAAGGCUACCAAAAAACUGCGUAACUUUGAGUGUGCGUUGAAAAAAGAAGAGGAUGGCUUUCAAAGGAGAAAUGAGGAGUUCGUGCAGGAGCUGGGCAAAUUCCAGAUCCAUCGAAAGGAACGACAGGAGGAGUAUGAGGAACUGGAGUCACUCUGGCUUGGGAUCAAUGUAAAAGUCAAAGAGACUGAGGAAGCCAUUGUACAAAUAGUUGAUGUGUGUAACGGCUUGUCUCUGAGCAUCCCUGAACUGGAGAAACAGGAAGAUGUUUACAAAGAUAAGGUUAUGGCACUGAGGAGCGAAAUAGAGAUGGAGGAGGCCAACAUGGAUCGCAUCAAGAAGUGCAAAGCGGACCUGCAGAAGCAAAUUAGUGAAUCUAGGCAAGCAGGUGAAACCAAAGUGGCUGAGUUAGAGGACCAUCUUUGUCAGAGACGAAAAGAACUAAUGGCCUUAGAAGAGGAAUCGAAGGAACUAGAGCUGGAGAUUGAAGACUACACCAAAAAAAUCAGCCAAAGUGAGCAGGCCAUGAAGCAGCUGCAGGUGGACAUGAGGCGCAUCCAGCUGAAGAUUGGCCAGAACGAGGAGGCGAGGACCAAGACCCAGACCGAGCUUUCCCAGGUCAUGGCGCUCCACUGCUCCACCAAAGCCAAGCUGGAGGACCUGGAGCAUCUGACCUUCACAGAGGAGCAGGGUAACCGGAAAGUGACAGAGAACCUGAAAAAGAAGAUCAUGGUUGAAAUGAAAGCUAUUGCCAUCCUCAAGAGUAAGAUAUCCGCAACUAAAGUGGAGUUCAACGAGAAAAAGAUGAAGGCCGACGAUGAGAUGGAGGAACUUCAGAGUGAGUUUGAGAAAGCCUCCUCCGACACAGCAGCUCUAGAGAUAGAAGUCAAGGAGCUGAGAAAGAUUCACAGCGACAAAACAGAGCAAACUGAGAACCUGAAGGAUGAGCUGGCAAACCUCCAGAUGGUAAAGCAGAACUGCUCUGAUGACCUUCAAGCGCAACGCAAUGCUAAACUCCAAACUCUGAAUGCAGUCAGGGAUUUGCACAAUAGUGUCUCUGAAAGAUAUGAGGAUGCCAAGGCUAGGAUCGCAGAGCUUCGUUCAAUAUCUGUAGAGUACAGAGAAGAAUCAGACAUGAUGGAAAGGACCGCCAAAUUUCUGCCUGCCAUCAUUGAGGAGUUACAGAGUAUCUGUGACGGCAUUCAGUACAAGCAUGAGAGGGCCCUGAUAGUUGUGAGCAGCCUACAGCAGGAUAUCACCGGCUGUGAGGACAGAACAAUAGACACAACGGAGGCACAUGAUGUCCACUUCAAGGAGAGAAGAGCCGUCAUGCAGAAAAUGAAGGCUGAUCUAAAGGAGGCCCUGAAGGAGAAUAUGAGUUUAGCCAACGAGUACCGUGACCUACAGAAAGUCCUGAUGAACGUCAAGCGAGAGGCUGUGUUUGUUUUCGACGAGAAGAACCGGGCCGAAGUGUCAUUCCAGGAGCGCAAACAGCUUUCUUUGUUGCAGAAGAGGAUGCACAAAGCCAUGGUGAAAUACUUCAACCACCGCAGCCUCCACAGUCAAGCUGAACUGGCCUAUUUCCAGAGCCUCUCUAAUGCGAACAACCAGAAAAUAACAACCGUGCAGGAGGAGUUGUCAAAGGCAAUUCAACGCCUCUCGGCUUUCCUGCACUCACUGACAGAUGACUCAACUACCACCGGCGACGACGCAAACAAACAAUCCGGCCCGGACGCCAAUGGAUUGAGCGGCGCGAUGCAGGCGGUUCAGAUAGCGGUGUAAUUGGAACCUCACCUGUGCCAGACAACUCACUUACUCCACCACGACUCGCUCCACACACACCCCUGCCCCCCACCCCAUCUCCCCUUCAACCCCCCCACCCUCCAGCCUCCACCUCUCUAACCAGCAGCAAAUCCAUAACAAUGAAACAGGUGACUUUCAUGCUGCUGUCAGGAAUGAUCUAAUUUUAGCUGGGUGAAUGAUUGCAAUUGGCUUUGCCUCAUCAGAUAAUUAAUCUAUGUCACCAUUAAUUGGAAAAGAGAAUAAUUACAGGCCAUGUUGACAGAAAUUCUACGCUCCUCCACAUCUUCGAGAUCUAAUUACACCUGCUAAAGCCUGGUGACCUCGACUAGCAGUUAGUGUACCUCUGUAACCCUAAGUGUACUACUAGCACAGCGCGUGGCCAGCAGCCGGGCAGCAAACCACUCCUCUUGCCGCUUUUGUUUAUGCCCGGUUCUCUCGUCUCCUCUGAGAGCUGUCUCCCUCAAUCACUUUUCAAUAUUCAAUCUUAAUUUUGUGGAAGUUUAGCAUUUUCAAUGAGCUGGAGAUGAAUGAUUAAUGAAUAAAUUUAAAUGCUUCAUUUUG